GCCACGCGGCGCGCCGGGGAGCUCCCCUCGAGGCUGAGAGCCGGUCCUUCCACCACCCUGGGCCGCCGCCCUCCGCACCAGGGGCCCGAAUUGCCGCUCCUGGACCCAAGAGCCUGAUCCCCCCUCCUCCGGGACCUCCUGCUUCCCGGCUCCCCAGACUCAAGCUCCCAGCCCUCCUGUCUCAGGACCCAGGCACCCUGACUCCCCGCCGCCAGGAUCUGCGCCAUCAGAACCUAGGCACGUGAAGACCUGCGUGGUGUGGGCGCCCUCCGCCUUCCGGACCCCAAGUUCCAUCCAGAGAAACUCCUAUAUUCCCGAUCCCCAGAGCCAAGAAACCGCUUCUCCAGCUGCCAGCUUUGGAGCGCCCGGCCACAGCUGGAAGAGGGAGUUGCCCCAGUGCCCAGCCUGAGGAUCUCCGACACCCCGUCUUGCCCGCGCCGGGAAGCGAGGCGCGGUGAUUCAAAACUCCAAGGAACUCUUCGAAGUUCCAGCCUCCAGGCUCUGGGCUCAGCUCUCACUUCUAAGGAAAGUCGCGGGAAGGAGCCCCAGGCGUCUCCAGAUUCCAGGCACUAAGGAACCCCGGGGUUUCAUCAUGGUGGCCGAUGUCCCUAAGCAGGACCUCAAGGGGUUCGCAGCGGCGGAGCCCACCGCGAACGGUGUUCCAGUGCUGGUCCCUGCGGAGGACCCAAGCGCGCCAGGAGGCGGCUGCUGCCGUUCCCGGGACCAGGUGCGCCGCUGCCUUCGGGCCAACCUGCUGGUGCUGCUGACGGUGGUGGCCGUGGUGGCGGGCGUGGCGCUGGGGCUGGGGGUGUCUGCGGCCGGCGGCGCGCAAGCGCUGGGCCCCGCGCGCCUGGCGGCCUUCGCCUUCCCGGGCGAGCUGCUGCUGCGCCUGCUGAAGAUGAUCAUCCUGCCGCUGGUGAUGUGCAGCCUGAUUGGCGGCGCGGCCAGCCUGGACCCGAGCGCGCUCGGCCGCCUGGGCGCCUGGGCGCUGCUGUUCUUCCUGGUCACCACUCUGAUGGCCUCGGGGCUCGGCGUGGGCUUGGCACUGCUUCUGCAGCCAGGCGCCGCCUUCAAUGAAUCGAUGGGGGCCAAAGGCACUGAGGGAGAGGCCCACACCAAAGAGGUGCUCGAUUCGUUCCUAGAUCUAGUGAGAAAUAUCUUCCCUUCCAACCUGGUGUCUGCAGCCUUCCGCUCAUAUUCCACCUCCUAUGGAGAGAAAGAGAUCGAUGGAGCAUGGGUGAAGGUGCCUGUGGGAGAAGAGGUGGAGGGCAUGAACAUCCUGGGCCUGGUAGUGUUUGCCAUCGUCUUUGGCGUGGCCCUGCGGAAGCUGGGGCCUGAGGGCGAACUGCUCAUACGCUUCUUCAAUUCCUUCAAUGAUGCCACCAUGGUGCUGGUCUCCUGGAUCAUGUGGUAUGCCCCUGUGGGUAUCAUGUUCCUGGUGGCCAGCAAUAUUGUGGAGAUGGAAGACGUGGGGAAGCUCUUCGCCAGCCUCGGCAAAUACAUCCUGUGCUGCCUGCUGGGCCACGCCAUCCACGGGCUCCUGGUGCUGCCCCUCAUCUACUUCUUGUUCACCCGCAAAAACCCCUACCGCUUCCUGUGGGGCAUCACAACGGCGCUGGCCACGGCCUUCGGGACCUCCUCCAGCUCCGCCACGCUGCCGCUGAUGAUGAAGUGCGUGGAGGAGAGGAACCGUGUCACCAAGCACAUCAGCCGCUUCAUCCUCCCCAUCGGCGCCACGGUCAACAUGGACGGCGCGGCGCUCUUCCAGUGCGUGGCCGCGGUGUUCAUCGCUCAGCUCAAUCAGCGGUCCCUGAACUUCGUGAAUAUCAUCACUAUCCUGGUCACGGCCACAGCGUCCAGCGUGGGCGCUGCAGGCAUCCCGGCUGGAGGUGUCCUCACCUUGGCCAUCAUCCUGGAGGCGGUCAACCUGCCGGUUCACUACAUCUCCUUGAUCCUGGCUGUGGACUGGCUGGUGGACCGAUCCUGUACCGUCCUCAACGUGGAAGGUGACGCCUUUGGGGCGGGGCUCCUCCAGAAUUAUGUGGACCGUUCGGGGUCUCAGAGCUCGGUGCCUGAGUUGAUCCAGGUGAAGAGCGAGCUGCCCCAGGCCCCGCUGCCAGUCUCCACUGAGGAGGGGAAUCCCCUCCUCAAACGCUGUCCUGGAUCUGCUGGGGAUGCUGACCCCUGUGAGAAGGAAUCAGUCAUGUAAACUCUAGUGGGGACCUUCCCCGACCCAGCGGGGACACUUUGUACAUCAGGAUGGUGAGAGAUGGAUGAAAGGACAAAUGGAACUCUUUGGUCACUGCCCCCACAUCUGGGGAACCAGAGGCCCCCGGCUCCCUCCCCAAAAUCAGAUCGGGAAGGUCUCGCUGCUGGGAGAUAUAUGUGGACCUGUGUGUGCAAGUGUGUCUCCCCAAACCUCCCCGGUCCUCAGCUGCUGUCCCCAACCACAAUUAGGAAACAGCACCUCUGGGAGCCAGCCUGGGCCCCCCAUCUUGGACACAGUCUCAAGUCAUCUUUUGAGAUUGUUGCUUCUUUGAGAGGUCUGCUCUCCGUGUGUGGUGCUGGCUCCUUUGCUCGUCACUUUGGUGGUUGUUGUCUCCGUGUGUGUGUGGGUUGUGGGACUCUCCAUGGUUCACCCUGUACUGGCCCCAGGCCCCCUCUGUUCCCUCCAUAGAUCAGGGGAACACUCCUGGGAACUAUGAGGGGAGGAGGGGCAAUAGGGCAAAUUGCGCUGUCACUCCAGGAGACUUUUUGUAGCAAUGACACAACUAAGUUAUCUAAUCAGACUUUUGUAAGAAUUUGACUAAAAACACUAGCCACACAGGGAAAAAUAAAGAAGCAUGACAAAUUGGACUUUUUUUUUUUUUUUUUAAGAUUUAUUUAUUUAUGCAAGAGCUGGGGUACAGGCCAGAGAUGCAUGGGGUGAGAGGAUUCACCAGACAAAGAGUAGGGAACAGAACAGGGAGAUUGACGAGAGUACACUGCUGAGGGGAAUGGCGGGCGAGUCAGGAGAGGUCUGCUGCGCCAUGUGGGUUGCUCCCUGGCUGGCCAGGGAUCGAACUCAAGCUACAGAGGCUGCGGAUUGCUUCAUAGUGCGGUGAUUAACCCCUUGUGCCACCAGGAAGGCCCCAAAUUGGACUUUUUUUUUUUUUAAGAUUAAUUUAUUUAUAUAAGCACUGGGAACAGUCAGAAGUGGGAGGGUAA